CAUGACCGCCAUCAGACACCAACACACGGAGAUCUGCAGUUGCACAUACUGAGAUUUGUUUGCGACCUUGGUUUGCCGCGUCUCGUCUUGUCAUCCAGAACCAACAUGUCUGGCAGUCGCUUUCAGCAAGAACCACGACACUUCCUACGGCACUCGGCGGUGCGAGAGCCUUAAAGCAUGGGACAAGGAAACUCAUCGAUCACGCUGCCGGCGGGGCCCAGUGUCAUAGAGACAUCGGAAUCAUCCGACUUGACCUUUGAGAAGCCGCUAGGAGGGCCGCGCUUCCUCCGCACUGUCCGCGCCCGACAUCACACGGGUGUGGUUGUCGUGAAGGUGUGCAACAAGGUCGAUUCCAAAGUCUCGUUCGCCAAGUAUGCCAAAGCCCUGAAGCAAGAACGAAAGCUAUUGAGGGAUAUCCCCAAUGUCCUGUCCUAUGCCAGGAUCCGAGAGACGAACACCAUCGGUGUACUAGUCCGCCAAUUCAUCCACACGUCGCUCUACGAUCGCGUCAGCAUUCGCCCUUUCUUGGAAGAGGUCGAGAAGAAAUGGAUCGCUUAUCAGCUGUUGUGCGCCGUCAAAGACUGCCACGAUCGGGGAGUCUAUCAUGGCGACAUCAAGUCCGAGAACGUGCUGGUAACGUCUUGGGGAUGGGUCUACUUGACCGACUUCGCGUCAGCUUUCAAGCCCGUCUAUCUGCCCGAGGACAACCCUGCGGACUUCACAUUCUACUACGACACCUCGGGACGUCGUAUAUGCAAUCUUGCACCGGAACGCUUCUUCAUGCCUGGUCAGCGGCCACAAGACGACGAUGUGGUACAGUGGAACAUGGACGUCUUCAGCCUUGGCUGUGUUUUGGCUGAACUCUUCACUGAAUCCUCAACUUUCACUCUCACUCAGAUGUACAGGUACAAGCGAGGUGAAUACGACCCGACCGUAUCAUUGCUCAGCAAGAUAGACGACGAUCAAGUGCGUGCCAUGAUCACUAGCAUGAUCAAGCUAGAUCCGUCCGAUCGUUGGCAUGCGGAUGACUACCUCGAGGAGUACAAGGGAAAGGUGUUUCCGUUGUAUUUCUACAACCACUUUCACACCUUGAUGCGAGAAAUCACAAAUCCUGGCUUUGGGCACAAGCCGAUACCCUCCGACGAUUUCAACAAUGGUGAAGCUGAUGCGCGGAUCGACAAGAUCUAUGAAGAUUUCGAGAUGCUAUCAGUGUCACUCGGAUAUGGCAAUGCCACACUGCCGGAACUUGUGGCGCCGCAAGCUUCCUAUCUUCGCGGCCUUUUCCCUCUUCAGGUCGAUUUGCCAAACAGCCGCCACACCGCUCACGCAGCUGAUAUGGAAGAAGGAGACAACGGUACGUUCAUCUUGCUGAAUGUGAUAACGGCCUCAAUGCGGAGCUCGGCUCGAGCAGCCUCAAAAAUGCGAGCUUGUGAGCUCCUGCUGGCGUUCGCCGAGCACGUGCCUGAUGAAGCCAAGCUGGAUAGGAUCUUGCCAUACCUGAUGCCUUUACUGGACGAUUUCAGCGAGAUGGUUCAAGUUGCUGGCCUCCGGACGAUGACGCAACUUCUGGCCCUGGUCAGAGUAGUCGCCCCUAUCAACUCUUCUCUCUUUACACAAUACAUCUUUCCCAGAUUGCAGAUGUUCGUAAAGAGCAAUGGCUUCUUACAUACUCCGCUGGUUCGAGCGACAUACGCAGCUUGCCUUGCAAGCCUUGCUGAAACCGCUUCGCGCUUUCUGGAUGUCACGCAAGCGCUAAGAGUAGGAGGCUCACUUUCUUCAACCGAGAGAGACGACAUGGGCGCAGAUUCUGUCACUAGCGCGGAUGCGUACGACACAGCACGCACGGCUCUGCAGGAGCAAUUCGAAGCCCAGACCAAAGUCUUUCUCACAGACACAGACAACUCAGUUCGACGAGCAUUUUUGACAUCUGUUCCGAGUCUAUGCGUGUUCUUCGGUGAAGCCAGAUCCGCCGAUGUCAUCCUGAGUCAUCUGAAUACCUACUUGAACGACCAAGACUGGCUGCUCAAAUGCGCCUUCUUCAAAACCAUAGUCGGCAUUGCAGUGUACAUUGGCAGUGCCAACGUGGAAAACUUUGUGCUGCCACUCAUGCUUCAAGCCUUGACUGAUCCGCAGGAGUUUGUCGUUGAGCAGGCGCUCCGGUCUUUGGCAACCAUGGCCGAGGUCGGCUUAUUGCAACGUGCAAAGACUUGGGAGCUUAUGGACACUGUUGCCCGCUUCGAGAUGCAUCCGAAUAUCUGGAUCAAGGAAGCGGCUUCGCACUUUGUUGCAGCAGCGACAACCUACUUAUCGCUGGCUGACAUACGAAUCCUUGUUGCGCCAUUGAUUCAGCCAUACUUGAAGGUACCCGUGGGAACGCUUUCAGAAUCAGAAUUGCUGGAUGCUCUGAAGAAGCCUAUCCCGAGGACUGUACUUGACCUUGCUGCACAGUGGGCAGGCAAAGUUGACAAAAGCUUGUUCUGGAAGACCGCAAGAGACUCGAAGCAACUUUCGUACGCCGCGACAGGUCAAAUGCCGCCGCAAUCCUCAGUGGCCGAGCUUGGUCCGAAGGCACUAGCAAAAAUACCCAAGACCGAUGAGGACGAACAAUGGCUAGGGCGGCUGCGUAAUGCUGGAAUGAGGAGCGAGGAUGAGAUGAAAAUUCUGGCAUUCCGCGAGUAUUUGUGGAGGUCUGCUCAACGCGUCAAACGAGGCGACUCGGACGAGAAGGACAGCAUAUACGACCAACUCAUCAGCUUGUCUAAACUCGGAGUUCAGCCUCGGACCGUCAUAUUUGACACAGACCUCAAGGCGUAUGAGCAAAAAGUUGAGAAACAGAAUCGAACGAUCGCCGAAGCUAUAGAAGAGGCAUCCAAAGCCGAAGGCAAGCAAGUGGCAGCGCCGGAGAGCAGUUCUGUUGAGGACAGUAGGACAGAUGCUCAAACACAGGCUCCUGUGUCGAUACCUGAGGCCACCCGUCGCCUAUCCGGAUUGAAGCACAAUCAGUCAGGCAGUCUUUCGUCUUCUCCAAAUUCUGGAAUCGGCCUACUAGGCAACGUGGACCAUGCUUUACGACAAAAGGGCAAUGCGGCUGGCCUUCUUGGCGCUGCAGGGAAAGCUCAACCUGCGGUGGCAACGAAUGAUACGACGGCGCAUGGGAAGUUAGACCGACCGCAGUCGUCAAGUCGUCGGGCUUCACCUGUGCCAGAGGUCUCAGAGAGACGGAAAGCGUUGGAGAGAACAGCGAGUCAGCGGCUAGGCCACACCUACACUGGAAGCGACCCAACAGUCUUGAAACUCCUCGAUGCCGUCUACGUGGACAACUUCCCUAUCGAUGCGGCAGACUUCGGUCCCUUUGUGCAACCCGCCAACGGCGUGAUUCCGAUGAACGCAAAUCACCCAAGCCCUGGGCCAUGGAGGCCGCAGGGCAGAUUGGUGGCGGUGCUUGGCGAGCACACUGCGAAAGUGACACACAUUGCUGUUGCACCAGAUCACGUCUUCUUCUUGACUGCGUCAGAAGACGGAUCAAUCAGAGUUUGGGAUACCUCGCGACUGGAACGAAAUGUAACCUAUCGCUCACGGCAGUCCUACAGGCUCGGGCCUGGCGUGACUGUUACCAGUCUCUGUUUUGUCGACGCGACGCACUCUUUCGUCUGCGCUGGCUCUGACGGCUCAGUGCACGUCGUGAGAGUGGACGUCCACGAGUCACAAGACAAGUCAACUCGCUAUGGCAAACUUCGCAUCAUCAGAGAGUGGCAUGUGCCAACGACAAACGCGGCCGGAGAGCAUGCAGUCUUCUCCGAGCACUUUCGAGGCGAGUCGGCAAGCACAUUAGUACUUGCUACAAACCUGGGGCGCAUAUUGGCUAUCGACUUGCGAUACAUGUCUAUCAUCUUCGAUUUGCAAAAUCCGCCACAUCAUGGGACGCCAACCUCUUUCUGCAUGGGCCGCAAACAUGACUGGCUGAUCGUGGGCACGUCCUUGGGAGUGUUAGAUCUCUGGGACAUACGAUUCCAUUGCAGGCUGCGAUCAUGGACCUUCCCCAAUGCAACGCCCAUAACUCGCUUGCAGCUACAUCCCAGCCGGCGAUCCUCAAAACGUAAUAGGUUCUGUGUGACAGGAGGGACAGGUCCUGGCGAGAUCACCGUUUGGGACGCGGAGAAGGGCAUAUGUCUGGAAGUGAUUCGACCCUCAUUUCCUGGUGGAGAGGAACGAAACAACAUACGAGACUACGAGCUCAAGAAUGUGGAGGACGAGCGCGAUGGCCUGCUCGGUCGGAUCGCAGCAGAGAGCAGCACGAAAGCUGUUCAUCAUACUGUUUCGUUCUUUGGAGCGCAGCCUUCUGUCAAGGAUCCGGAUGUCCAGCAUUCCUAUGCGAUCACCGGCGGGCCCGACGGCAAGGUUCGAUUCUGGGAUACUGAUCGCCUAGAAGGCUGUCGUCUCGUCUGCGGCGCUUCCUCCCCUGACGAGAAGCCUGUCUACACUUUCAGUCAGCUGAGCAUGGAUUGUCGCCUCUUAUCUGAGAAGCCACCCGAUGCCACUGUGAGCGCCAGCGUGGUCAACUCACCUUCAGGGAAGAAGAUUGCUGGAUCUUCGGCGAACAAGGCUGCCGGCAGAUACGAGACGAUUCGAUUGGCGAGUCAGAAUCUGAUGAGAGGGCAUUUGGAUCUGAUCACGGAUGUGAAGAUGCUGGAGAGGCCGUUUGGAAUGGUGAUUAGUGCAGACCGGAGCGGCAUGGUUUGCGUGUGGCAGUGAGUGAAUGAGGAGAUGAGACAACCCGUUAUGAGUUGCGCGCCUUAGCGGCUCUCCGUUACAAUUCUGAUUCUUCGCCUCUCAGUUAGGCUCUAAGGAUACCCUUGCCUAUACCGCAAUGAAUGACACUAGUCUCUCUUGCCAGAUAUUGACCUAAGCACGAUAAGUCUACUCCAC